AUGUCUGAUGCCAACAAUCACACCAAGUGCCAGGGAGUAGAUCCAGGAUCAGGCUGCCUCGACAUAUUCCAGUUCAAGACGGAGCGGGGCUUGUGUGCGAAAUGCGACCUUGUGGAUGUCCAGUUCAAAGACCAGCCCGAAAAACAGAAGGAAUACCAGAACAUGCCGCAAUGCACUGGUUGUGGUUCGUGUAGCAAGAAUCUAAAGGGUGUUUACUGUGGUGCAUGCAAGCAAAAGAACGACACCGUAGCUAUGCCACCUCCGCUACCAAAGUCAACACAAGUGAUUACGACAUCUUCGGCUCCAAUUCUCCACACGUCCCCGUCGUCUUCUAUUUUGCAGUCACCCUUGGAUCACGCUCUUGCUAUAGUUAACUCAGCCAAUAUCACGACACACUCUGGUGCUACACCCACCAGUAACUUUGGAUAUGUCAUGCAUGGUAUGAAAAAGAUACAGCAGGAGCGGGAGCAACAGUACGCCAAAAUCAAGGAGGCUAAAACCGGGAUUGGACGCCGAGUCAACUUGCAUUUAACCUUUCAUGGAGACAACAACGUCAAGCCAAUUCAUGCAAUUGGUCGUCUCGCGGACACACAUUCAGACCAACUUACUCUCAAAGAAGCAGUGAUGUUACACGUCGAGAAGGUCAACAAAAACAUCUGGGAAGAUGCAACGUCAGGGAGGUUGACAGGCGAUGACUUCUAUAUCCGGUUUCCCGGGAAUAAUGUUCUUAUGGGAUGCACUGAGUAUGACACUCUCGGUCGCGUUCAUGAUGUGACAUUGUCUCUCCCAACCAGACAGAUAAGUUGGUUCAAGCCGCCAACGGACUCUGGAAAGACGGCACGUACUACAAAUGGCAACAUUGUAGUUCUCAUUGUGUCGGUUAUUCUGAAGAUCUCAAAGGUUGAGGAAAGGGACGGUCGCCUUCCAGUUGAACUUGGAGGUACGCCUGUAAGUGGGAAGAGCAAAGGACGAGGCAAGAGAUCGGCGGGUGAUGACCUGGCAUCUAUGACAUCAACUGUGCGUCGACGAAUUGAUGCCCCUCUUCAAUCAACAUUCCGUCCCCGGGCACUUGUCUCGGCCACGGUUUCAGGGGGACAGGACGGGGUCACUCAUGAUGAUUUUGAAUCAGUCAAACUGUUGUUGGCACAUGUAAAUGUGCUCGAAUCAGGUUGGGUGGACAUUAAGUGGGAGGCGGGUGAUACAAAGAAGGCAGAAAUUGUGACAGUCCCAUGUGCUCAUGGAACCUCAAAGCUGGUAUAUAAACUGAAGAUUGGUGGGGAACGAUUUGUAGCCAAGCGCUAUGCAAACAUACCAUCAGGAGGUUUUGCAUUGCGCUCUAAGCCAGUGACUAUAGCGGCACAGGCUCGACCUCUACAUAUGGUGACAAAUGCCGAAUAUCUGGUGAAGGAAACGGAGGUCCAAUACAGCAUGAAAUAUUUCUUAGAAGAAUUUUAUGCAAACGCACGAACAACGGGUGAAUCGUUCUCAGACGAUUUCAUUGUUACCGAUUGUCUCCUUGCCCGCGAAGUUGUCAUUGAUUCGACGCCCUCCAGGGCCUCUGGCCUUACCAAGGAGGACUUCGCCAUCCAAGACAGCGUCUUUGACAAUGACCCACCAGAUAGCGAGGAUAUCGGGAAUGAUGGGAGCGAGACAGCUGGUCACCCGCUACCGGAACGCUUGGGGCCAACCUGGCUUAUUGAGCAUGAGAGACCAACUCAGGUCACGAAGUACAGUGGCACCCUUCAGCAAUCCAGCCGCCAAACUCUUCCUUUUAUGACGAUGUCUGCAUUUGCACAUUUCAGCCUGAUUUGGUCAAACGGAGAGCGGGUAUUUGCUGACCUUCAGUCCUCUCCUGGUGUCUUGGACAGUAUGCCAGUGCGCAUCCUCUUUGAUGGAAUGGCUCACACAGAGAAAGGGAACGCCGGACCUGGUGACCAUGGAGAACAAGGCAUCAAGCAAUUCUCCAUGAUGCAUAUCUGUAAUAAAAUCUGUGAUAGUCUCAGGAUUAAUGAAACUGAGGAUUCGGAGGACGAGGAAGACGAGGGCACCAAAGGACAGAAAAACCACAUCAUAUGA